AAUCUUAAUGAAUUGAAUUUGGCGUCAAACAAAAUUUCAACGAUACAUGUUGGGGCAUUUCAAAAUUUACACAAACUGCAAGUUUUGAAUUUAGAAAAUAAUAACCUUAAAUAUGUUGACAGUGUCUUCAAACUUAGCGUUUUUAGACCACUACGAAGCCUAAAAGUGUUGCUACUGAACAGGAAUAUCGAUCAGGAUGAACACAAGACGAGGUACCCGGAUGCAGCCCUUUCUAACCUUGUGUCGUUGAAGGAACUGCGUCUGGAUGGCUUGACCAAUCAAAGUUUCGGUGAAGGCUUUUCGAAUCUUACUCACCUCACACACCUGAGUCUUGCUGGUCAAAACGGAUACUGUAAACUGAUUGGUCUGUUUAACACCACAUUCACGCAUGUCUCGCACCUGAAGUUACUAAACCUGUCACACUGCGAUAUCCGGCAUAUCGAGCCGGCAGCGUUUGUGCCGCUUAGGUCCACCCUGGACGUUCUUGAUCUUUCUUACAACCAGAAACUAAAGUUCAACAACGUUUUCAAUGGUUCUUUCGGUUGGGAACACUCUAAACUUCGUGUCUUAAAUAUUAGUCACAUAGUUGGACCGCACGAAAUUUGUGUUGUUAUUACUAAGGAUAACUUCAAAUAUAUGCGAAAUACUAGCAUAGAAGAAAUCUACGCAGAUGGGAAUAGAAUCCAACUGUUUGAAACGGGAGCUCUGGUACGUUUGCCAUCGACGUUGCGCAAAGUGUCUAUGAAAAGUAGCUGGUUUGCAGUUGGUGAAUAUAUAUUGGAGAUUGUGUCUAUAAAAAAUUUGAUAGAACUCGAUCUUAGUGGAAUUGCUGGGUCUCGCAGUUUGCCAAUUGCCGGUUUGGAUUAUUUAACGAAAUGUAACCAACAGAACUGUUUUGAAGACGACGAGGAUAUUGACAUUUCGUGUGGUGUAUCAAGAAUGGCAGGUACCGAACGGAAUAGUAGGAUUACGAAUAUGGGUAAUGGAGAUACUGAAAUCGCAUCUCUGCUUGAUAAUAUAAAUCCUGGUUUCUUCAUUCCACCAAAUCUACAAAUACUAAAGUACACAUUUGAAGAACUGGCAUUUCAAAUAUCUCCGUUGACAAUAAGUGAUAACAACUUGACAGUACUUAAUGCUUCUUACAAUUUGUUGUCGUCAUGGAUAGGCCCAGUCAUUGGUUUAAACAAACUUACUAAUUUGGACCUGUCAAACAAUAUUGCUUUCCGUGCUCAUCCGAAAUUCUUUGAAAAUUUCCCAUCGUUGAUUAUCCUAAAUAUUUCAAAUAACUUGUUGAAUAAUGCUAUUGCCAAUGACACAAGUGGGGCUUUAUUUACAAACCUAACGUCUGUACAAAUUCUAGAUCUCUCAGCGAACCACCUACAAAAGAUACCAGAGCAUCUCUUCAAAGGACUUUCAAGUUUGCAGGUUUUGAAACUUUCCUAUAAUAAUUUAGUUUAUGUACCAAUGCACGUAAAGCAUAUGACAAAUCUAGAGAAAAUAGAUUUUGCUUCAAAUAAGAUAAGGUGGCUGCCUAAGACGUUAAUGUCAGAACUUGAUAGCUUAAUAGAAACACGGAAUUGUUCAAUUGCCAUUGAUCUAAGUCACAAUCCGAUCUCGUGUGAAUGCCCCAAUUUAACAUUUCUAAAGUGGAUGCGACACACUAGGGUAAGACAAGUGGAGAUGGCCUAUUAUUACUGCCUUAACGCCGAUGGACACACGGUUAAUCUAACCGACCUCCCUGCAAUUGUGGAUUCAUUAGAGGCAGCAUGUACCAAUCAUAAAUACAUAGCAUUAACAGCCUUUCUAUUCAUUAUUGCGUUUUUGUUAGUAUUUUCUGCCCUUUAUCUGUACAUACAUCGAUGGAGGGCUAGGUAUUGGUAUUACGGUAUCAGGUAUAGUUUUAGAAGUUCUCAGUCCGGUUCUGACGCUAGGCAGAAUCGAUUUCCUUUCGAUGCGUUCAUCUCGUAUGCUGACGAAGAUAAGACAUUGAUUGAGGAGGAAAUGUCGGAGAUGGUUGAAACCAGAGGAGGAAAGAAAUUGAUACUUCACAGGAGAGAUUUCCUUCUUGGGAUGCCAAUAAUACACAACAUCUUAGAGAGUAUUAAAAGGAGCAGAAAGACGGUACUAGUUUUAUCGAGCCACUUCCUCAAGAGCAGUUGGUGUGAGUAUGAAAUGCAGUUGGCCAUCCAGGAGUCUGCCCACACUGGCAGGGAUGUUCUACUGGUCCUCAAGCUCGAGGACAUUCCGCAUGAGAAGCUUCCCAAAAACAUCUUACAGCUGCUGCAAAAGGAUUUGUACCUUGAAUACCAGCACGAAGAAAACAAUCAGUUGUUUUGGCAGCGUUUUAUUAAUAAAAUAGAAGAAACAUAAUUAUAUUUUUAGAAACAUGAUUGGUUUUGUAAUUGUUGUGGAGUUUUGUUUGUUUUGGUUGGGAGUUUUUUGUGUGUGGGUGGGGGUGGGGGGUGGGGGGGUGUUGUUUGGGUUUUUUGUUGUUGUUUUUUUAGGGGAGGGUGGGUGCAACCCGAUAAAAAAACAAAAAAAACAUACAUAUAUACCCAUCAAACGCUACUUGGGUUGUGUUCUCGCGUAUUACAGACGAAAAUCACCAUUACGUUUUUUGAUAAUAAAAUUUGAUUCUUUUAUGUUUGCGUUAUUAAACAAGGAAUGGUGUGUAUAUAUACUGUAUAUUGGCCAUAUAAAGCAUUCAUUGUCGGACGUUGGAUAUAUUGAGGAUAAUGUAGUAGUGCAGGUAUAAAGUGCUCCUACUGGUAGCAGCUAGUGGGAAUUUCCCUAUCAGCUCAGUUGGUGGAGCGCUGUACUCUCAUACUGAGUGUCAUUGGUUCGAAUCCCCUCAGUGGAGGCUGAUUUUUCUGUUAUAGUAAUAAUUUGCAAUAUCCGUUAGAUCAGUUCUGUUGAACGUCGAGUUCUUUGUGCUGAAAUUAUUAUAUGUUUUGCGUUACUAACAAAACAUGUAUGCGUUUUGCAGUUGUUAUUAUUAAUUUUGAAAUGCUAGUACUUGACUAACUAUUUUACUAACGGUCAUAAAAUGUUCACUUCAUUUAUUAUUUGUUCGCAGUACACUAAAGGGUGGCUUGGGUACGUGUGUAGGGGUGGGGGUGGGGACUUUAGUCUUCAAUGAUUCUAAAAUUAAAAAAUAAAUAUAUAUAUUGGUAGUAAUUAAAUCCAACGAAAAAGCGAAGAAAAUAAUAUUUAAUGUGUAAAUGUGUAUAAAAUG